CUCUCACAAAGAGAACAAACACUCUUCCUUCUCCCUCUCUCUCAAAUCAUCAUCAAAGAGAGAUUAUCACCAUUUUUCUUCUCAUGAAGCUUUGAAAAGUGAUGUAAUCUAUCACAAUUUUUUUUCUUCUUACUCAAGUUGAAGAAGAUUGAAGAUUAAAGAAAAACUAUCUCCUAAACUUGAAGAAGUUUGAACAUUUGAUUUGAUAAUGAGUCAAACACAUAUAAAUAUUGUGAUGUUAAUGGAUGUGGGAACAAGUUUUGAACGAAGGUUGGUCAUUUAGUGAGAAACAAAGCAAGGGUAUGAAGGUGCCAAAGACUAUCACUUACAAUAGUCUUGUCGAGCGUCGAACUGUAGCAUCAGCAGCUACAGGUCCUCUUGCCACAGAAGUGGAAGCUGAUUUGCGAAAGUUAGCAGUCAAGUUCACUGCCUCGUUCCCUUUUCUGUCUAGUCAGUAUGAAAAAACAGUAUUGGACGGUGAUCUUGAUGAAGAUGUCGACCUGAGGAGGAAAAAAUGUCGUUGUAGAAGAUUUGAUUUGACAGGUCUUCCUCGUGAACACGCUCUAGCUGGUGCUCGAGAUUGUGGCAUUAGUCCAUAUACUUUAUGCUCCAGAUUCUACACAGUUGAAGCAUGGUUGUCAUCUUAUGGUGGAUCUGUAUGUACGUUGGGUAAUGAAGAAUCUUGGGUGAUACCAAAUGACAUAGGAAGUAUGAUGAUAGCUCCUUUAGUGAAGCAGAAGGUUGGUCGUCCAAAGAAGAAACGACGUUUAUCAAAUGGUGAGAAGAAUAGCAAACAACGUAGAUGUAGUAGAUGUGGUGUCUUGGGCCACAAUCGAGUGACGUGCACCACUGUUUGUCCCCUGCCGUGUACACAUGCUUAGUUUGUACUUUAAUCAAGUUUAACUUUGUACUCUUCAAUUGCGAAAUUUGAAUCUUCAGAUUGGUUUAGUAAUACGACUUUUUGU